CCCGCGUCCGCGCGCCCGCGCGCGCCCGCCCGCGCAUUCCCGCAGAAGUGCUGCGGCCAUGGCGACGGCGGCGGGCGGUGCGGCCUACUUCCAGAGGGGCAGUCUGUUCUGGUUCACGGUCAUCAUCCUGUCUUUUGGCUACUACACAUGGGUUGUCUUCUGGCCUCAGAGUAUCCCUUAUCAGAGCCUCGGACCUCUGGGCCCCUUCACUCAGUACUUGGUAGACCACCAUCACACCCUCCUGCACAAUGGGUAUUGGCUUGCCUGGCUGAUUCACGUGGGAGAGUCCUUGUAUGCCAUGGUAUUGUGCAAGUAUAAAGGCAUCACAGAUGGUCGGGCUCGGCUACUCUGGUUCCUACAGACUUUCAUAUUCGGGAUAGCGUCUCUCUCCAUCUUGAUUGCUUACAGAUCAAAGCGCCGAAAACAAACUUAAAGAAGAUAUUCAAAAGCUUUCUUACACUUUUAUAUUCAACCUCAUCUUUUAUGGUGGGGGUUGGGAGCGGGGUGGCAGGGAGGCAGUGUUUACUCAGUGAUCUUCCUACUUUCUAGAGAAUAUCUGCCCUUCAAAGCUAUUUAAGAACCACUAGUUAGUCAUCUUUCUUUUAUAUGGUCUAGUUGAGCUUAAUCGACCAGUGUUUACUUCAGAAAGAAAUAGGAAAUGAUUUUAGCUUUCCAUUUCGGCAGACUGACCUAUUUGGCUGAGGGCUUCCACCUACCUUCUUGAGGUCCUUGGCUGUUUUGGGUGAUCUCUGGUUAUCUGGCUGAGCUACAUACUAAAUUUACUUGUCAGCAAAACACCUUACCCUCACUACCACCAUCUUACCUCUCCUUUCCCCCAAUUUUUUCCACCUUUCUGGACCAAGUGACACUUCCACAACACAUAAAUUCCAUGCAUUUGUUAGGUACCUGUGGAGGCAGGAUCCUUUCUCGAACUACAGAAAAAGAUCAGGAGGAUGAGCAAGUGCCCGGCACAGGGCAGGCUGAGCAAUGACACAGGCACAGGAGGACAUGCUGGGAACCAAGAGGAGAGGACUGGGGAGUGCCCUGCCUGGUGCUGCCAGCCAGAAGUGAUCCUUCCGUCCACAGGGCCCCAGGGACAGAGUGCUCUGUCGUGUGCAAGGCUCUGAUGGCACUGCCAGAUUGCUCCUUCAGCUCAGGGCCACAUCUUAAACAGCUUUUCCCUUCAGCACCUGUCCCACUGCCUUGCACACAGGGGCUCCAUCAGUGUUGAACAAAGGAGGGAAACCAGUUUUGCUUUCCACUUGUUCAGUAUCAUUCCAAUUUUUAUGUGAAAAUUGCACAACCCGUUUUGUGUUCCUUCAUCUCAAAAGAAAAGCACAAGACUGACUUUAAUUGGUACCACCUUUCUGUGGGUAUCAUUUUUACACUUUCCUAUUCAUGGUUACUUUCUCUGAACACUAGGUGUCUCCCUCCAGCUCUGACUCACUCAGGUAGACAAACAUUCCUGUUUUAGAGAUUCUAGCCCAUUGGUUCCCCUGCGAGUCACUACCUCUCCCAUUCACCUGGUUAUACCUCAUUACUGCAGACAGGUUGGGGAGGCAGGAUUAUUGACUCUGUCCCCUUAUCCUGGCAGAGUGACCCCUGCAAGCCAUUUGGGCUCCUUCCCUGGAGGACUGCUUACUUGUUCUCUGCAAACUAGUACUCAUUUCUGUGAUACAGCAGGGCAGGUUAUUUGUAUUCUACAAACAUUUAUGAGAAACAAGCCCCUUCCCAAAAUAGAGCCCCCAAGUAAAAGUACAACCCUGAAAGAUUAUGGACUAUGAAUUGUUUCUAGUGGAGAUAAAUUUCUGCAAAUAUAUUUCAGUUUUUCCCUCAGUUUCUCUUGUGAUUAAGAUACUGCUUUGUGGUAGGGAAAAAGAUUUUUGACCAUGGAGUUAAACGUGAUGGAAAUUCAACCCAGAUUUUUUAAAAACAUGGUCCUCUCCAAAGGGAAAUAACAAUGACAGUGGUGCUGGGAGCAAUAUGGAAGAUUAUUGAACAAAAUGGAUUAACUUGAAUAAAAUUCUGUGAAUUGUCUCA